AUGCGCGGUACCUUCACAGUUGCCGGAGCAGCGGUUCUGCUCGCUAGCACAGCCAAUGCUCAGCUUUACCCAGGCUUGAGCAAGUUCAACCACACUUGCCAGCUCCAGAAGCCUCUCCUCUCCUGUCCUGCCCAGAACGCUUCUGAUGUCGAUUCCUGCUGUACCGAGACCUUCGGUGGUCUCGUUCUCAGCACUCAGUUCUGGGACACCUACACCGGCCUUGAGUCCCAAGGCCAGGUCCUUCCUAAGGAUACUUGGUCCCUCCACGGCCUGUGGCCCGACUUUUGCAACGGGUCAUACACCCAAUACUGCGACCUGACCCGUCAAUACGAUCCCAUCCCCUCCCCCAACACCACCAACGGCCUCAAGAACGGCACUGUUGUCCCUCCCUACAAUGGUCCCAACAUCGGCACCUUCCUCGAGCCCUUCGGCCGCUACGACCUUCUCGAGUAUAUGAACACAUACUGGAUUGCGCAAAACCAGGACAACCCCGGGUUCUGGGGCCACGAAUUCAGCAAGCACGCUACCUGCUUCAGCACCUUCAACACCCCUUGCUACGGUCCGCAGUACCGCCAGCACGAGGACGUUGUCGACUUCUUCGAGACAACAAUCAAGUACUACCAGCGCUUUCCGACCUUCAAGUGGCUCAAGGCCAAGAAGAUCGUGCCCUCCAACAGCACGACGUACUCGUACACCGACUUCAGAAACACGCUGGCCAAGAAGCACGGUGGAAUCCCGUUCAUUGGUUGCUCGGGCCCGAGAUUCAAUGCCACUACUGCUGGAAAGAACACCACUGAUAACGGAUAUACUGUGCUUAGUGAGGUCUGGUACUAUGAGCAUGUCUAUGGACGUCCUCAGGAGGGCAAGACGGUGCCUGUUGAUGCUAGUGCGACUUACCAAACCAACUGCGCAAAGACCAAGGGUGCUAUCCAUUACUACCAGCGCACCAAUGGCUCUGAGAAGUUCAAACUAAAUUCCACCCCGAUAUACCUUCUGUCGAGCCCAACACAAAAGUACGUCCACCCACGAGCCUCCACCUCACAACUGACACCCUCAGUGUCUGUGCCCGACGACAAAGCCCAAAUCACAGUGCUCCUCCACCGCUACGGCGCCGUCCUAGCAUCCCACUCCAUCCCCGAAGUCCUCUCCAUCUACACUUCCGACGGCGUAAUCAUGGCUCCAGGCUACCCACCCGCCGCUGGCCAGGACGCGCUGGAAGCCGCGUACAAACGCAUUUUCUCGACCAUCAAGCUGGAGAUUGAGUUUGAGAUAGAUGAGAUUGUUGUUAUGGGGGAGGGGUGGGCGUUUGCGAGGACGACGGCGGAGGGGACGAAAUACUGGUUGAAGGGGAAGAAUGAGGGGACGCAGGAGGUGCAUAGGAAUCAGGAGUUGUUUGUAUUAAAGAGGGAGGAGAGGGACGAGAGAGCGGAGAGAGAGGGUGGCGAGGGGUGGAGGAUUGCUAGGUACGCUUUUUCGAGUAUGAAGCCGGUAGUGUGA